AUGCACUGCCUGAGGAAGGCCCUCAGCACUAGCCUCUUCGAGUCUCUGCAACUCUUUAAUCCCACUUUUGCUGCAGUGGGGGAGGAAUAUCCUCUAGAGAAUAGUCUCAGGACCUACCAGGGGAUUCUGGCUGUGUACGUACCACCACCUCAUUCAACCACGAAACCUGGCUUCCCUGUCCCCAUGAACACUAACAAUCCUGGCGUUCGCAAGGCGGCUCGCUUUGGCGUUUACCGAUACAACAACAGUUCCAAUGACCUCUUUCUGUUUAAAGAAUUGCAAAUAAACAAAGCCAUGGUGCAGAUUGUCAGAGGACUGAAGUACAUGCUACAGGUGGAAAUUGGACGUACGGUGUGUGAGAAGAGGCAGCACUCCAACCUGGACAGCUGCAAAUUCCAGAAGAAGAAAAAGUUGCAGCAAGUGCUGUGGUGCUAUUUUGAGGUCUGGAUGAUGCCUUGGUUACAUAAAACACAGGUUUCUAUUGCUCUUUGUCACUGAUUCACCUUUCACCUGCAAGAAUGUGACUCACAGGGAGAAUUUUUACAGAGAGCUUUUCCUUGCUUGGGUUGCUGAGGUCAAAACUGAGCUAGAGAACAGCUGUACAGAAUUGCCACCAAGCUUUUGUUU